AUGGUGAAGCUUCCAUUCUUCGAUUCGACUCAAUCUUCUUCAUCUUCUGCGCGAUCUUUGUAUCAUCCGAAUAUCAAGAAUUUCAACCGCCGGUCACUGCAAUUUGAGUGUUCAUUCAGUAUAUUAAAUCCAUCCUCUUUGUCGAGAAAGGGUCUUGAUGUUCAUACUGUCCAUCUCCAUAGGCUACUGAUGCGCUUUCAACAUUUAGAGUCUUUAUCCUUAUGUGGUUGUACGGAGCUCAAUGAUUCAGGAUUAACCCGUCUGCUAAGCUAUGGUUCGAAUUUACAGAAACUUAAUCUAGAUUGUUGUUUGAAAGUUACUGAUUACGGGCUAUCCCUGGUUGCUUCUGGUUGUCCCUCAUUGACGUCAAUUAGUCUCUAUCGGUGUAUCAACAUUUCUGAUGACGGAUUAGAGACUUUAGCCACUGCUUGUUUAUCUUUGAAAUGCAUAAACCUCUCGUACUGCUCACAAAUAUCCGACAAAGGGUUGAAAGCUCUUACUCAGAGGUGUCGUCAGCUUCAGGCAGUUAACAUAUCACACUGUGAGAGUAUAAGAGGUGUUGGCUUCAAAGGGUGUUCAAAAUCUCUCACACAUGUAGAGGCUUGGUCUUGUAAGCUCAACCCAGAAGGGGUGACGGGAAUAAUUAGUGGCGGUGGUAUAGAGUAUCUAGACGUAUCUUGUUUAAGUUGGUAUCCCUUAGGAGAUACCUUGCUUGGAAUAAGAUUGUCCUCAAACCUCAAAGUCCUUAACUUUCAAAUGUGCAGAUCUGUUUCCGAUACUUCUAUUGUUGCAAUAGCCAUGGGAUGUACACUACUUGAAGAAUGGAACUUAGCAUUAUGUCAUGAGGUGAGGAUAUCUGGAUGGCAAGCAGUGGGGUUAUAUUGUCAGAAUUUGAAGAGACUGCAUGUUAAUCGAUGCCGUAAUCUCAAUGAUAAUGGCCUGCAGGCAUUACGAGACGGUUGCAGAAGUCUCUCGGUUUUGUACUUGAAUGGUUGUGUUCACGUGACUCCUUUUGCAUUAGAGUUAUUCAAGUCUCACAGAGCAAAUGUUUGUAUAAAGGAUGAAGAGAUUAACACAUGCAAUGAUUUGUCGGAUUUUGGCUAUUUUAUUAUUAUGGCUUGUGGAAUCACUGUUUUGCAGCAAAUAGAUAUCAGCUUCAUAUAUCAUAUAAUCCGUGGUCAAGCAACAAUCAAACUGUAUGUGAUCUACAACGUCUUAGAGGUUACCUGUGGAGGUUGUCAGAGUGCUCACACAGCUGCUAUUGCUGUUCUGUGUGCUGAGAGAGGAAUUACGUCACAUCUGCUUCUACGAGGAGAGCAGCCUGAAAUCUUGACUGGCUAUAACUUGAUGUCUACAAUAUAUGGAAAUGUCACAUAUGUUCCGAGAACUAUGUACGCCAACAGGGAAGAAAUGCUAAAGAACUAUGCUAGGUCAGUGGCCGGAAACAGUGGUGCUUUCCUAUGGUUCAAUGAUAUCAUUCAAGCUUCUUCAACAGGCGAAUUGUCUACUUCUCAAAAUUUUACGAAAAUGGACGCAAGUAGAAGUGAGAGAAACCAUCUUCAAAAGAUUUUAGUUGUCAACGAAGGGGCUGGUGAUUCUGUUGCUCUACUAGGUAUUAUUCGGUUAGUGCAAUACUUAUCACAAAAUCAUUUACUUGGGAAACAAAGAGCCACAAAAUUUGUCGUUGAUGCUGGUACUGGCACAACAGCUAUUGGUAUAGGACUUGCAGCCAUUUUCUUUGGACUUCCGUGGGAGGUACACGCGGUUAUGCUGGCAGAUAAAAUUGAUGGGUACCGAAAGCAGGAAAAGCACUUGAUUGUUGAAUUCAGUAAGCAUUUCAAUGUUGAGUUUCUUGACCACGACGUAAACAAAGAAGAUGCUGGGAUUGUGCAUUGGGUGGAACGUGACCGUCCAAGAAAGUUACAGAUUCAAUUUUGCGCUGCUUACAUUUUCAUCGGGGUUGUUUGCAUUCUUCUUUAUUUUGGAGGUCAAAAGCAAAGAGUUGCAAUUGGAAGAGCAAUUUUGAAAGAUCCAAAAAUAUUACUUCUUGAUGAAGCUACAAGUGCCCUUGAUGCUGAGUGUGCAUGUAUUGAUACUAACUUGUGCAUUUGUAUGUUCUUUUUAAACCUUGGUGAUUUCCUUGUGCAGAAACUAGGGGAAGGUGUGAAAGGGGUGUAUAUCUCGAUAGACGUGGAUUGUCUUGAUCCUGCAUUUGCUCCGGGAGUGUCUCAUAUUGAACCGGGAGGUCUUUCUUUCCGCGAUGUUCUUAACAUCCUACACAAUCUUCAAGGUGAUGUUGUUGCUGGAGACGUCGUUGAACUCAACCCACAACGCGAUACUGUUGAUGGAAUGACUGCUAUGGUAGCUGCUAAGUUGGUCAGAGAAAUGGCUGCAAAGAUUGCAAAAUGA